AAAGCCAAAAGAAGAGCUAAUUCAAUGGAGAGACAGACUUGUAUAUCAAGUCUCCUGCUUUAAUCUGUUUUGCUUGGGCUUCAAGGCAGCACAGCGAGGGAUCUGCGUAAAACUUUCAACUGCAGAGAUGAUGUAGAAGCUUAAAUCCUGUCGGCUUCCAGGGGUGAGGUGCCCAAGGGAGGCCAGAGAGAUCGGGAACAGGCACGGAGUUUUACGCAGCACGGGUAAAUGUUACCAGCCCUGCGUGUUUUCUGUGCCCACCACGUGCAGUGCAAUUUCCGCGCCCCAAAGCCAUCACAGCAGUUUGCAAGUGAAAUCUCGGCUGGCCCAUGUCUCUUUGUGAAAUGCCUUGCCAAAUAGCACAGAGAUGGGAGCUCAUUUGGAUAAAUAAGUAAAGAAAAAAACCCAGCAGCCUCCCAUAUGGCCAAGUUUGGAAGACCCAAAAUGAGAAGCAGGGGUGCUCAUUAAUCAGAGCCAUGGUGGUCCUCGCCACAGCCUCGGGCAUCACCAGCGUGGCCGGGAGUGGGGACUGAAGCAGCAGAGGGUGGACGAAGGAAAAGGACGUGUGAUGCAGUUUGCCUUGUGCAGGAUUUCAUGAGCCCGCAGAGUGCGGCCACGGGAGCGAAGACUUUGCCCUGCCCUGAUCUGUGUGAAUGGCAACAACCCCCACGCAGGGCCAAGGCUGCAUCUGAUGGGGCUGGGACAUCCCUCAGAGAGCCUCCAAAGCGGUGCUGGGGCAGAGAUGAGCUCAGCGCCUGCCCGGGGAGGGGACCGCACGCAUGCUAGCAGGCCCGCGCCCCCCCCGACCCGAGCCAUGCUGUAAGGAGGGGGCAGCCCGGCCGGCCAGCAGCAGGAGCGAUGGCCCAGUCGCGGGCCAACGGCUCGCACUACGCCCUGACGGCGAUAGGGCUGGGGAUGCUCGUCCUCGGCAUCAUCAUGGCCGUCUGGAACCUCGUCCCCGGCUUCGGCCCCGCCGACAAACCCGCCACCCACGCCGGGAACAGCAGCAAGCCCGACCACAGCACCGGAGGCAUUUUGAAGAGCAAGACCUUCUCGGUGGCCUACGUGCUGGUGGGGGCAGGCGUGCUGCUGCUGCUGCUCUCCAUCUGCCUGAAUAUCCGGGACAAGAAGAGGCAAAGCGAAGAUAUUGCUCGCGUGCAGCACCAAGUAUCUGCAGAGCCCUCGCACCAGGAGGACAGUCAAGAAGAGGACGAAGAUGUGUCUUCCCAGUACUACGUCCCCAGCUAUGAGGAGGUGAUGAACGUGGGCUAUUCUGAGCCCAGAGACUUGGACAGGAGCAACAGGGUCAGCAUCUCCCUGCCCUCCUAUGAAUCGCUGACGGGGCUCGACGAAAGCGCCCAGCCGCCGGCAGCCGCCGGCGCAGAGCCCGGCGUGGAGCGGCAGCCCAGCCGGCACAGCUCGCGCCUGAGCAAGCGCCUGAAGCCGCUGAAGGUCCGGAGGAUCAAGUCGGAGAAGCUGCACCUGAAGGACAUCAGGCUAAACCUCCCGCAGGGGAACAGCACCACCCCUAUCACCAUAGAGCCGCUGACCCCUCCGCCCAAGUACGAGGACAUCCAGGAGAAAGUGCCAGAGAGCCAGCAAAUGCCUUAAAAAAGAGGAAUCUGUGAUGCUGCUGGGGUUUUUUUUUGUUUUUCAAAACAGCCACACUAAGAGGGGCUCGGUCUGCGGGUGCAGAAGCAGUCAGGGCUUCCUGGGAACUGUGAUGUGGAGGACACGAUGGGUGCAUGGUGCUGCAGCAUGGGGAGGGGACGAGCUUUCCCUGGGAUGGGGUUUUACAAAAGACCGAGGGGAAAGAAACCUGAUUGCCGAUAGGUCUGCUGCUCUGAAGUAAAUGGAGGCUGGAAGUACCGAAAAUGUAAUUUGUGGUGUUUUACAUAAGGACCACCCAAUGUACCUCCUCAUCUCCUCUCCCCUUGCCCCCAGCAAGACUUUUCCAAGCCAACAAACUGAUAUUGAACAAGGAUUUUUCCAUGUGGAAAAGGGAACCGUUCCUGGUUUGGGUUUUAGUUUUUUGUUUUGGGUUUUGGUGGUUUUUUUUUCCUUUUCUUUCCGAGUAUGGGAAACCAGGUUGCCAGGGUAGCACUGCAGCUUUCCUUUGCUUCCUUCUGGGCUUGGGAUGGUAGCCCAGGGUGGCCCAGAACCCAGCUCCCACCAUGGUCUGUGCUUGCUGGUGGGGAGCGGGAUGAAACAGGCCCUGUGCUCCUUGGGGAGAGGAUGGAUUCCUUGCCUUGGUGGCUUCCUCUGGUGUGUUUUGCGCUCUGAUGCGAGGGGGCGGUCUGUUUGGGGCAAGCGGAUAAAUCCAGGGGGUUGGGAGCUGAGCGCACCGCCGCCAAGAGGCGUGCAGGGUGAGAUGACUGCCGAGCAUGCUGUGCGAGCAGACCUGUUCUAAAUAAAUGUUUUGUACAUUG